AUGUCACCUCCGGGGGAUGGGGCCACGAUGGAAGGCAGCGGCAACAGUCGAGCUGCCACGCCAGCAACGUACGUUCCAGCUUUUAACGCCUUCGCCAUAGAGCUCCCCGAGAAGUUUGACUUUCGCCACCCGGAGUCGUGGAAGAAGUGGUUCACGAGGUGGGAGCGUUACCGUGUAAUUUCGGGGCUCCACAAGCAGGAUAUGCAGACACAAGUCAACACGUUCUUGUACGCUAUGGGCAGCGAAGCCGAGGACAUUAUCACGUCGCUUCGCCUGUCGGACGAAGAACUGAACGACUACGGCAAGCUUUCGGAAGGCUUCAAGGGUCACUUCGUACCCAGACUAAACGUGAUCUACGAGCGGGCUUGUUUCAACCAGCGGCACCAACGAGACCACGAGACCGUGGAGGAAUUCGUCAGAGAGCUUCACCGAUUGGCUGCAACCUGCGAAUAUGGCGCGCUCAAAGAGGAACUGAUUCGCGACCGCCUAGUGGUUGGCCUGCAUGACAAGGGCCUUAGCGAAAAACUGCAGUUGGAUUCAUCGUUGACGCUGGAGAAAGCGGUCAACAGAGCGAGGAACUCGGAGGCCGUGAAGGGCCAACAGCCACUGCUGCACUCCGACGUCAACUCCGAAGGAAGACCUCGUACGAAAAUUGACGUGGACGCGGUCAUUGCUGCCAAAUCUCCGUAUGUAGCAAAGGAACGUUCCGGAGCCGCGCAACGGCAACGACACGGCGCGAGCGAUCGUGACCGGCAGCGACCAAACAAAACCUGCAAGUGGUGCGGGUACAGCCUGGAUCACACGAGGGCAGACUGUCCAGCUCGAGAGAAGGUCUGCAGCACGUGCCGCAAGACAGGACACUUUGCGUCUGUUUGCCAGUCGAGCGCCCAGCGGCAGGUGCAGGGGACCAACCAGAGGACUCAGCCCGGAAGACAGCCCGGUCGUCGGGGCAAGGGUCAAACCACGGCCAAGUUGGAAGAAGUCUUCCUCGGCGAAGUCCUGUCGGCAUGGACCGCUAAGGAGCCGUGGAUCAUAACAGCUGAGGUGGACAACAUGGCAGUCUCGUUCAUGGUGGACACUGGAGCCGACGUCAGCGCGGUACCCCAGUCUGCACUUGCCGAGAACACGAAGAAACGCAUACGUCCGGCAACGAAAGUUCUGUAUGGACCGGGAAGGUCCAGGCUUCACCCCGUCGGUCAGGCGGAAGUGCAGAUGUCCUGGAACGGGAAGACGACCCGUCAAGAAAUCUUUGUCAUGGACAAGCUGGAGCACGCGCUCCUAGGUCGACCGGCAAUCCGGGCCCUUGACGUGCUGCCACACCUCUGUUCAGUGGAAUCCACUUCGCUCGUCGACCCGACAAUGUCAAAGUAUCCAGCCCUCUUCGGCGCACUGGGACAUAUGAAGGCUGUGUACCACAUCAAACUUGUUCUUGGGGCGGUACCGCAUGCUGUUUCGUACCCUCGUCGUGUGCCAAUCCCACUGCUUCCAAGCGUGAAGGAGGAGUUGGAACGUAUGGAAGAGCUCCAGGUCAUAGAGAAAGUCGACCGCGCAACGAGUUGGUGCGCGCCCAUGGUCGUCGCCAAGAAAAAGAACGGGAAGCUGCGCAUUUGA